AUGAAAACUUAAUAGCUAAAGGGUAAAAAUUUGAAGGAGAAUUUACCUUUGAAGUAAUUUUCUAAUUAUUUCUACUUAUAGUUAAUUGAUCAAGAUGGUUAGAGAAUGACUAAUGAUGAAAUUUCGUCUUUAACUAUAGAAGAAUUAGAUCAAAACCUUAACAUAGUAGGUUCUAAAUCAGCAAAGAUAAGACAAGGUGUUGGCACAUUUAGUAACUUGACCUUUUUCGCUCCACCUCAUUAUUAAAAUGCAAAGGAUAUUAUUCUCUAAUAAAAGAUUCGGAAACUUGUAAUGAAUGCCCUUAAAAUGCCCAAUGUUUGGGAGGAUCAAGUGUUAUUCUAAAUUCUGGAUAUUGGAGAUCAUCAUUUUUUUCUUCAAAAAUAAUCUAAUGUUUAAAUUAAGAUGCAUGCAUUGAAGAUUAACAAAACAUACCUGUGGUAUAUGCCCUGA